UUUAGCAAAAGUCAAUUUCCAAAAACCCUAAACCCUGAACUAUAAUCAUAUUGAAGAAAAUCCAUCAAUUUUCUGAUGUCUUAACUCAAUGCGGGCUAUCAGCAGAGCCAUUGUGAUCGGAAACGGCGUCGCCGGCGCCCAAAAUCAGUGCAUCGGCUUGCUUCGAGCUCUGGGUCUCUCCGAUAGAUACACACUCUAUCGUGUUAAUCGGCCGAGAGGCGGGAUCAAUGAUAACCUUCGUUGGUUGCCAGUUAAUGCGCAUAAACAAUUAGAUAGCGCUGUGGAGUGGAUUCGUGGAAAACCAGCUAAGAAAUUGAUGCCCUUUCCAGCUGAACAGAGAGAAGUUUUGGAGGCAGAUGCAAGACAUAUCGCCAAAGCUGCUCAGCAAACAUUUGAGAGGGACGGCCCCAUCUUGGUGGUUGCAUCAGGUCAUGAUACCAUCACUUUAGCAAGUUCCAUUAAGAAGUUGGUUCCAGACAAUGUCUUUCUUGUUCAGAUACAACAUCCAAGGUCUCGUCUACACAGAUCUGAUCUAGUGAUAACACCUCAGCAUGAUUAUUACCCCUUAUCGCCUGAGGCACGAGAACAAAUCCCUUUAUUUCUAAGAAGGUGGGUAACACCUCGAAAGCCUCCUGAUAAACAUGUGGAUAUUGCAGAUAUGGUGCUGAUCUUGCAAUGCAGCUUACAGCUUCAAUAAAAAGUGUACUUCCCACUUGUGGAAGUAUCAGAAUAUCGUUUUCUCGUCGAACUCCCAAGAUUGUGCGUACUCUCUUCAGAAUUUUUGUAAUUACCUAUCUUAAGCUAAAUUCCUUUUUCAUGGCUGCAACAAACAGGUAUCUGAAAUUAUUUUGACUGAAUUCUCAAACCAUCCAAGAGUAUACAUUUGGAACGGUCAAGGUACUUAAUUGAAUAUCAUACCUGUUUCUGUGUCAUCACUUGCAAAAUUUACGUUUUUAUCAGAUUUUGACAGACGUUAUCAUCUGACUGUCAUAUAUUUCCUUAAAAUUGAAUAAAAGAGAUUGGAGACCCCGUAGCACUGUAUUCACAUUGGCUGGUGGUUUCUCGUAGUUCUUUGACACCUCGCCAGUAUGAUGCAGUGAAACCAACGUGGCUGACACUUGAUAAAGUCAACAUUCUAAGCGAACCUACACAAACAGCGUGUCUCGAUACGUCCGUCCAGGAUCAGCCUUUGCAACUCCUGUAACGCCUUGUAACGCCCAACGGUUACAACCAUCAAGGCUGUGUUGACCCUUGCAGUGGACUAAGCCUAUAAAUAGGCUAGUCAUUCAAUGCAUCUCUAAACUACACUCAAAGUAGCAUCUGCCAUUCAUGAACUCCCUCUCUCUUUGGUGCAUUGUUCUUCUAUUGAAGCUCUGGCCUCGUCUCCAUCCAGUUCGCCGGAGCUCUACUGAUAGCGGUGUUGUUUCACUAGAGACGAAGCCGUUUUAUCUUUGGGGAUGCCACGCCAAUCCGAGACAUUAAUGAAGCGUAUCUCGUCUUGCAGAAAGAGGACUCCUCGACUCGGCUAAUUACAUAUUUACGAUUAUUGUUUCGAUUAUUGUAAUUUUCAUUUCAUCUUAUUUUCAUGUAUUCCUUCUUUUGGGUUGUAUUACAUCCUGCUAGUGUUUAUCUGGUAAUCCAUACCAACAAUAGUAAUUGGUAAAUUCUGAAA